AACGCAUUCUGCCGGUCCUUUGAAAGAUGUACUCCCAUUGACUUUUCGACUCAUGCGUGUCCAAGGUCUUCCAUCAUGGACUAACACUUCCGCAGUUACCAUUCAAGAUGUCAUUCAGGGUGAUGUGCUUUUUGCUGUACUCUCAAAUUAUAUGGUCGACAUUGAUUGGUUGCUUACGGAUAUUCCAUGUUGCAGCAUGUCCAAGCCUAAGGAAAGUUCCACAUGUCCUAGUUCUCCAUGGAGAGGAUGGUGCUUCAUUGGAGCAUUUGAAGAAAUCAAAGCCUGCUAAUUGGAUCCUUCACAAGCCUCCGCUCCCAAUUUCAUUUGGAACACAUCAUUCAAAGGCCAUGCUGCUUGUAUACCCUCAAGGGAUUCGUGUUGUUGUUCACACUGCAAAUUUGAUACAUGUUGACUGGAAUAACAAAAGUCAGGGACUAUGGACGCAAGAUUUUCCCUGGAAAGAUGCAAAUGAUAUGAAUACAAAUAUUUCUUUUGAGAAUGACCUGGUUGAUUAUCUCAGGGCACUUAAGUGGCCUGAGUUCAGGUUAAAUCUCCCAGUUGCUGGUGAUGUCAACAUCAAUGCAGCAUUCUUUAGGAAAUUUGAUUAUAGUAGCUCAACGGUCAGGUUGAUCGGGUCUGUUCCUGGUUAUCACGUGGGCCCCAAUAUGAAAAGGUGGGGCCAUAUGAAGCUUAGGAGUGUUCUUGAAGAGUGUGUAUUUGAAAAGCAAUUUUGUAAGUCACCACUUAUUUAUCAGUUUUCUUCCUUGGGUUCACUUGAUGAGAAAUGGAUGAGUGAGUUUGCAUGCUCGUUAUCAGCUGGUAAAGCAGAGGAUGGAUCACCGUUGGGUAUCGGUAAACCACUGAUUGUCUGGCCUACAGUGGAAGAUGUUAGGUGUUCAAUAGAGGGGUAUGCAGCUGGUAGUUGCAUUCCAAGUCCUCAGAAGAAUGUUGAGAAAGAUUUCUUGAGAAAAUAUUGGUCCAGGUGGAAAGCAGACCAUGUAGGCCGUUGCCGUGCUAUGCCUCACAUAAAAACUUUUACUCGUUACAAUGGUCAAAAUAUUGCAUGGUUUCUGCUUACCUCAUCAAAUUUAAGCAAAGCUGCUUGGGGUGCACUGCAGAAGAACAACACGCAGCUGAUGAUACGGUCAUAUGAGUUGGGCGUAUUGUUCUUGCCCAAAACUCUCCAGUGUGUGCCUCAGUUUUCAUGCACAGAGAAGAAUCGCUCAAACCAGGAUAAACUUGCCCUUGGUAAGAACAUCAAGACCAAGCUGGUCACACUUUGCUGGCAAGGUGAUGAAGAAACAGAUCCAUCUACUACAGAAGUUGUCAAAUUGCCUGUGCCGUAUCAACUCCCUCCACGGCUGUAUGGAGCUGAAGAUGUCCCAUGGUCAUGGGAUCGGAGGUACACAAAGAAAGAUGUGUAUGGUUCGGGCUGGCCGCGCCAUGGCUAGCUAAGCUGUGCGUCUCACUGCAUUCUAGGCAUGGACAUGAACCCGGUAGUAUGUUGAAUGGAUCGCUAGUGAAGUCAUUGUCUGUAGAUAGCACCUGAUUGUUCGUCCUCCCUAUGCCUUGGCCACUCGGCCAGCUGUUAGAGAAACCAGUUGGGAUGGAACAUUUGAUUAAAGAAAUGCUGGAAUAUUUGUUAUUUUAAGCUUACUGAGACGGGAAGUAUAUGUUAUUUGCUGCUUGCUGA